AUGUCAACAAAAUCUCAAGGUAUUAUAAUUGGUACUCGUCGUAGUUGUCGUCGUCGUCGUCGUAGUCGUCGUAAUAGUAGUAGUAGUAGUCGUCGUCGUAGUCGUCUUCUACUCUAA